CUGGUCGAGGUAUAAAUGACGCAGCGCAGACGCAAGUUACGCAAGUCGCGAAAGUUUUUAUGCUGCUCGAACAUGACAUGUCGUGGCUCUCGUUCUCUCAUUCAGAUAUGCGCCUAUUUGGCGUUCAUCACCACCACAGUCGCAGAUGAUCGAGAGGAAUGCGAUAAAACAAAAUGUCCGGGACCACUGGCGUAUUACGAGGUUCUCGGUUGUAUCCCGGUGUUUAAGAAAGAGGGCGAUUGUUGCGCAACAAAAUACAACUGUGAUCAUCUAAAACAGAGAUCCACUAGCAAGUGUUAUGUCAAUGGUAAAGAGUACGAGAUCGGAGAGGUACUCAAAGAAGAAGAUGCGAAUCCUUGUGACAUUGGUUGCACCUGCCACCCAGGAUAUGAUAAAAUCGCCACAUUUAAUUGUGCGAUAGUUGAUUGUUUUCAAGGACCAGCGAAACCAGGUUGCUAUAGAAAGAGAUCCCCGUUAAAUUGUUGCCCUGGAGAGGAAGUUUGUCCUGAAAAUCCCGAAGACAGAGCUAUCUGUAAUGUAAACGGAAAGGAAUAUAGAGAUGGAGAGCACUUCAGUGUUGAGAGUGAGCCGGAUUUAACCUGUAUAUGCCAGCCAGGCUAUGAAGGAAAAAACGUCGAACCUUUCUGCGUGAAGCCUAAACAUCCGUAUUGCAGUCCCGAUUUCCGUCAUGCAAGCAACAUUUUUAAUAACUGCCCUCCGGUUUAUUAUUCCACUCAAUCGCCGCAGACUGGUUGCAGCGUAUUUUCGAGAUGUCAAAACAACAACGACACUGUUAUUCACAAAGAAGACGACUUGAAGUCUGCCGACAAAAAUCUUGAUGGUCUGGAAACUCAGACCGAUUUCGGUGGUGGGGGAUGGUCGUUUUAGCAAGGAAGAAUUUAUUUCACGGCGUUGUCACUAUGCAUCGCUGUCAUCGCGAAGUGUAGAUGGUAACCCAUGGUAACGUGACAACAAUUUUUUAAUUGCGCUUAAUUCAAGUGCAUUUUUGAAAAUGACAUAUAAUGCACAUCCUCAGUCGCUGAAUUUGUAAACAUGAAAAGUCGCGGUGGUUUGAAGCAUGCAAACCACCAUUUUUUUCAUCUUAUUCGAUAUGUUAAAUCGUGUUUUGCAAAAAAUGCCUCGCACUUGCAUGUAUUUAAAUGGUUUUCUUAAAACGAAUAAAAAGAUUUCUAACGUUUUAUUCUUAAUGCAAAGUCAUUUAUUAUUUCUUUGAGCUAAGUUGAAAUACUUUCUUCGGCUCCUGAGGACAUGGACAGCGACAUGGAUUGAAAAUAACAUCUUUCUCAUGUAAAUCUUUUUUUAUAUGACAUUUUCUUUCUUUAAAUAACUGUAACUAGUCACAGUAAAAAGGUCGAUAUUGACCUUGAUUAUGUGUACAACUACAUUGAUAUUUUUUGGAAUAAGAAUGUAUAUAAAUAUUGAAACCUGUAAAUUAACUAUGGAUUCUCGAAACGGGUAAUUAUUAUUUACUUCAUAUUCCUUUACUCAUAGCCUUCAACUUUCUAAUUAAUCUUAUAAAACCAAGGCAUACGUAAGGUAAGAAUCAGAAUUAAUACAAGUCAACCGCUCUCAUACCGAGAAUCACGCGUCAUCUUUAAAUAUUGUAAAUUAAGAAUAAAUUAUAUAUCAAUUUAUUAA